AUGUAUCUUAACCUGCAACAAGCCACCUUUGACUACGAACGCUUGCAAUACAACACCGUGGUCUCUAGCGGCAUGAAAAUGUUAAAUAGCAUUGAAGAUGCAGGAGAAAUCUCCGCACCUGUGCGCUUAGAAGCCAUGCAAAUUUUAUUGCACACCCUCUACCCUGUUGUGCCACACAUCACCGUAACACUUUGGAAUGAACUCGGCUUUGCUAAACGCCUAGGCGAUUUGCUCGAUUGCCCGUGGCAAGCUAUUGAUCCACAAGCUUUAGUGCAAGAAGAAAUCGAACUCAUGCUACAAAUCAAUGGCAAAUUGCGCGGGAGCAUGGUUGUUGCAAGCAACGCCGAUAAUGCGACGAUUGAAACCUUAGCACGUGCGCAUGAGAAGGUAAAGGAGUUUGGCGAAGGACGCGAGCCUAAGAAGGUGAUUGUGGUGAAGGGGAAGUUGGUGAAUGUGGUGGUUUGA